AUGUCACACUUUUUCCACAAACCUGAAAAUGCACUCAAACGUGCUCGUGAGCUCUUGGCUAUUCCAAAUGUUGAUGCAGGCGUAUUAAAACGAACGAAACACUCAGCGCUUGAGAUUUUACAUGAUGCAUUAAUUGCUAAAAAGAAUCGAACAUGGCAACCAACACAUGAAGAACUGAUGAUUUUAUAUCUGGAUAUUUGUUUGGAUUUACAAAUGGGACGUGUGGCUAAGGAUGGAUUGCAUCAAUACCGAAAUUUAUCGAUUCAGCUGAAUCCAGCAUCGCUUGAAACGAUUAUCAAGCACUUUGUAUCGGAGACGCAACGUAAACUCUCAGCUGCUAAGAAAGAGAGCAAUGAGCUUAAUUUAUUGGCUGCUGCCAUGGUUGAUUUGGAUGUUGCACAGACGCCAGAGGACGUGAUGUUAUCUACUACGACAUUUGAAGGAUCAAAUGAUCGCACUGACCGAGAGGUGGUGGUCCCUUGGCUGCGUUUCAUGUGGGAAACGUACCGUACUGUGCUGGAUAUUCUCAAGAGCAAUUCAAAGCUUGAGUCGCUGUACAAAGCCACAGCUAUGCAGGCUUUUGACUUUUGUGCCGAGUAUCAACGCAAGAUUGAGUUUCGUCGUGUGUGUGAAAUCAUGCGAAAUCAUUUAAGCGCUCUCCAGAAGCACAUAGCGGCACCUUCAAGUCAGUCGACCCGUCAGAUGCGUAGCUGGGACGGAUUUACGCUUGAGAGUGUGGAGCGUCUGCUGGAAUUGCGUUACCGUCAAUUGCAGGUCGCCACAGACCUUGAGUUAUUUUCAGAGGCCUUUCGCACGAUUGAUGACAUCAACAACAUUAUGAACUUGGUGGAGCAGACCCCGCGCGUAGACUUACUCGUCACUUACUAUGAAAAGCUCGCACAGAUCUUUCAAGUGUCAAAGAACUACUUGUUUCACGCUUACGCAUUGUACAAGUGGUACACCUUGCGUGUAACUGGUGUGCAGGGAGCUGCUGGCGCUCAGGCACUACAGGAACUGCCUGUGCUGGUGUCAGAGGAGGAACAAACGGAGAUGGCUACUCGUGUCGUGCUCGCUGCUUUGUCAAUCCCGCUGCUGGACUUCGAAGCCUCUUCUCCAGUAUUGGGCAACGACGAGCUCUCAUCAAUUCACAUGGCCACAGAAAGCUCGGUCUCCGCUGCUGCUCGUGACAAGAACUCGCGCAUGGCAGCCCUUCUAGGCUAUGCUACAACCCCAACGCGUGCUAACUUGCUUGAGGAAGUUGAAGCUGCUGGUUUGCUGUCCAAGGCUUCGACGGCCGCUAGUGAGAUAUUCCAGCGUGUUGAGCUACAGGCGGUGGACCCUCUGCAGAUUGUGAAGCAGCUGGAGCCGUUCCUGACAACGAUACGUGCUGAUCCAGUAGCAAAGGCUUAUGUUGAUGGAGUGGAGCGCCUUGUAGUGCGCCGCGUACUGUUUCAGCUUACCCGUGUCUACGCUAGUGUGACGAUCGCUCAUCUGCGCUCUAUUUUCGUUGGGCUUGAUGUUUCUUUCGAAGAAAUUGAAACUUUGAUUGCGCGAUCUCGCAGUCUGAGCACUGUUGCAUCUGCAAGUGCCCCCAGUCUGUCCAGCAUGUACCGGCGUAAUGUUACCCAGCACGGCAGUAAUAACGCCGAGACGUCCUCGGCUGACGCUGUAUCUUCCGCUCAGACGCGUACCAAGAUCCGUAUUGAUCAUGUGGAGCAGUGUAUUCGCUUCACUGACGCUGUGGACCUUGAAGCAAAUGCUGCCCAACUAACUCUUCUGGGUGAACGCCUAUUUCGUGUUAUGAGCAAGGUACCUGCUACCGCCACGGCCAUUACUGCUGCUCGCAACGAACAAAACAACAAGCUAUUUGCGGCAAGUCGUGCCCAACUGGAAAAGCUACAACAUGAGAAGCUUCAAUCUUUGGAGAAGAAGCGUCAGGAGUUUGCUCAGCGCCGCGCAGAGCUUGAGAGGGAGCGUUUGGUCCAGGAAGCUCGUCGUCGUGAUGCUGAAAAAAAGCAGAAGAUUCAAGACGAGAUAAAGCUGAAGGAAACUCGCCAGAUGCUUGACAAGCUUGGCCACACGGAUGUGAGUGACGUGGACCUGGCUACAAUUGACAAGGAAAAGGUAUUGAACGAAGCGAAAGAGAAGGCUUGCAAGGCUAAGGAACUUGCGCAGCAAAAGUUGCGCGAAAACGCGCGCCGCUUGGACUACAUUGUGCGUGCUACACGAGAGGAGGAACAGCCUAUAUUGCAGCGCCAGGUUGCAGAGGCCAAAGCUGAGGCUCUGAAGCGUUAUGAGCAGGAAGUGGCUGCUAAGCUGAAGCGCGCUAAGGAGGAGCAUGAAGAUGGUUUGAAGGAGAAGGCUCGCCUGGCCCCAGCUAUUGCGGUGAGUGCUGAGUUUGUAAAGGCUCACAAGGCUCGUCGGGUCGAGCAGUACAAGAAGGCGUCCGAGGAGCAGAAGAAGAAAGCGAUGUUAGAGCGUUUGAGCGCUCGCGUCGCCCACGCUAAAGAGCGUUACGAGGAGGAACAACGCCGUCUGCGUCAGGAAGAAGAGGAGAAGGAGCGUAUUCUUCGCGAAGAGAAGGCCGAGCGUGAGCGCCAGCGUCAGCUGGAGGUGGACGAAGAGCUUCGCCGCCAGGAAGCGGAAGAGACUGAAGCGCGCCGUAUCGCAGAGGAGAAGGAACGUGAGGAGAAGGCUCAGCGUGAGCGUGAGGAGGAGGAUAAGCGUGUCGAGCAACGAAGUCAAGGCCGCUUUGGCGAUGCUGGAGCUCGUGGUUUGUCCGGUGGUAUCCGUAGCACGUACCAUGGUCGUGACGAUGAUCGCCGUGAUCCUGACAAGGAUGAUGGCGAGUGGACACACGUUAACCGUGGCGGUUCGUCCAGUCGGGCGAAAACUGCUGCACCCGAAGGACUCUGGGACCGCCGUAAACCUUCGGUUCGCGAAACACUCGGCGACCGCGAUGCGCGUGAGGGCAGCGGCCCCCGUCGUGGCUUCGGUGGUGAUCGCGAUGAGAAUGAAGGUGGUCUUCGUCGUGGCUUUAGUAGCGGCCGUAGUGAGAACGAAGGUGGUCUACGUCGGGCUUUUGGUGGCGGUCGUGAGGAUAGUGGUUCGCACUGGGGUAGCCGCCGUGGUGGUGACCGUGAUGGUGAAAGCUCAUUCCGUCGUGGUAGUGACCGUGAUGGUGAAAGCUCAUUCCGACGCGGUAGUGACCGUGAUGGUGAAAGCUCAUUUCGCCGUGGUAGUGACCGUGAUGGUGAAAGCUCAUUCCGACGCGGUAGUGACCGUGAUGGUGAGAGCUCAUUCCGUCGUGGCGGCGAUCGUGAUAGCGAAGGCAAUCUUCGUCGAAACGAAGGUCCUCCUCGUCGUAACGGUGACCGCAACGGUGACGAUCGGUUCUUUGGCCGGUCACAGCAUGAAGGAUCGUAUCGGCCGCCGCGCAGUGGAGACCGUGAGGGUUCGUCGCGAGAUAUCGCCCGUGCUCCUGAGUCUGGCCGCUGGAGAUAG